CGAAAGCGAACAGCGUUUCUCUAUUUUAGAAAGAUCACCGUUGGCGGUUACCCGCGUCAACUUUGUGCGUCCUCACCUCUCGUCCCAAAGGAAUUCAUGCUCGGAAUAAAUAGUUAACGGGUACUGCUCCAUCGCACUUGAGGAAUGGCCGAACCAUCCGUUGCCUCAUUUCCCAAGUUCCUGCGAACGACCACCAUGGCGUCGUUUCUAAGUGGUGAGAAGUCGGCCAGCGCAACCAGCCCAGCGCGGCCAGAGGACACGGCGGUGCUCAUGCGUGGUGGUCGCGGCCGGGGUCGCAGGAUGCGCGUCAUCUCCAAGUCCAAGCUGCCUCGCAUGAACAACAGCGAGCGUGGCAAGUUCUACCGGCAAAAGUAUCGCGAGUACGAGGACCAGCUGGAUCGAGACGUGCAGCGUCUGCAAGACGAGGUGAACGAGCUGCAGCGAUUGCUAGAGCUACGCCAGAUUCUACCGCACCAAUAUCCACGCAUUAGUAUCGAUGAAGUGCGAGCAGCUAUCCAAGUUGUGUACGGAGGUUUGAUUCGACUCCACGAGCGUUGGGUAUCAGAAUCGCCUACUGCUAACCUGGUGGCCAUGGACUCCGACGAGCUUCGAUCGGCAGAACACACCUUGGAGCAAUUGCAGGUCUAUCCGUCGCAAUCUGAGCGCUUUAUCGCGCAGCACCAGAACAGCUCGGCCCCACUGGUGUUCAAGCUGGAAUCGAUCAAGAUCCAAGGCAGCAGUGACAGCAGAAUCGUUGCAGCCCACGGUCAUCUAUAUGUUCAGUAUCAGCCGGCUGACCUCGAAAUGCUCUUCCCCGUCGUCCGGCAUAACAAACACCUCGCUGCUCGGCUCCUGGCUAAAGAAGUCGCUUAUGAUUGCACCUACCAUUUCCACACUUCGGCUCCGUAUCGUGCUAGUGAACUAGCGUUUGUUAGUGUCGACGUGGAUGCCGUUGGCGGACUGUUGGCUAUGAUCCCCAGCCUUCAGUGCGUCCAAGCACUGCUCAGUCCAGAUUGCUCUGGGAUGAUGACUGAGGAAGUCACCGCGGGAUCGAGAAUUAAUAGCACCAAUCGCUAUGAACGUUCCCCAGCUCUUCUAGCAGCAGCUAUCCGUGCGGUAGACGAACAAGAGUAUUCUUCGUCGCCCUCACCGCCCCGACCCAUGGCCCUUGCCUUCAUCUUGAGCUAACUUGACCACUUUAAUAGAUUUUUUGAAACUGUUUCA